UGUCAACACAAUCGGCCAUGAACGGACAGACGAGACAAGGCAGGUCCCAUAAUCAAGGGAGAUCAUCCAAGAAAGCUGGCAACUCUUUGAGAGUCACUGCUGGAGAAGGAACCUGGAGAAUGCAGAGUUUGAAGAAUAGCUCUCAAACUUCAAUGCACAGCUUGAGAAGCACUAUUUUAGAUGGAAGAAAUCCCCCUUCUUCUAAGUACAAAUCAAGGGAUCAGAAGCAGUUUCUAACUUUCAAAGGAGAGCCGAGUCAACAUUUUAACAAAAUGAUGAAAGGUUUAGCAACUGAAAUUGAAGAUAUUGAUCUUAAGAAAUUAGGCAAGCACAAAGUUCUUACUGCUAAAGAAAAACUCCUUGAGGAAUCUGCCAGGAAUAUCAGAAUUAAAGGAAAAAUAAAAGACUCUAGAGAUCUCGGAGAUUUUGAUCCAAUGCUCCUCAUUGAUGCCAUUGAGGAGAAACGGAAAGAAAAGCCCACUGUUGAUUCCACACAAAUAAAAUCUGCUUUGGUUCAAAGCAUUCUUCAGGAUAUGAAAUUAGAGGAAGGAAAACUUGAGCUACCAUCUUUGAAGAAGAUUAAGACGAAGCUAAAUAAGAAGAAAGAGCAGAGAGUUCAUCAGUCCAAGGCUAAAAUUGACACUAACCUUGCUGGCAAGAAAAUUAAAUAAUCCGAACCAACUGGAAUUUGAGAGAAAGAAAGGCAAGUUGUUCAAGUCCAAGAAAAUGGAUUCGGCUAACAUGGAGAUAAUAAAGAACAAAUUGGAUAAGGAUAUCAAUAAUAUUGUCGACUACUCUAAACGUGUCAAGGAUGAAGUCAGUAAGCAAGCUGAUUUAAAGCAUUCUUUGAAAUAACGCACUUUCGAGCAAGAGACAAUCAAACAAUGUUAAAAAUAGGAACGGUAAGAUGUUGUUACUCUCUCUUGGUGAUGAAGCUGGAGAGGAGCCCAAAAAUCCUGCAUUGAUGAGGUCUCUUUCAGCCACCUUUCAUACUGCAAAUGCAAGUGCAAAGAACAAGGCGAAUAUGAAGCUGAAUCACCAAAUUAUUGAUAAAUGAAUGAGUUUACAGAGUAAAUCAACCAGUUUGAAAGACAAUCUGAACUACAAAGAGGAAGUGGUUCAUAAAAUCUAUGAUGACUUUCAGAAAUUAGUUGAAUUCAAUACCGAAGUUUGGUAUGACAAAGACAUAGAUGAAAUUUAUGAUACCUUAGUGCUUGAUCAUUUGAAAGAAGAACAAUAUAUGCCCAAGAUUCACCCCUUAAUCUCUUUCAAACAUUCUGAUGCACUGAAGAAUUCGAAUAAGAUGAAGAGAAUGCAUAGUAUGCCAAAGAAAGCCACCCAAAGUGCUAUUGUUUUGAAAAAUAAACUUGAUUCCAGAAACUCUGUGUUGGUAACUCAAAUGCCAAUGCUGGCCCAAAAUAAACAUUUUGAUGAGAUCAAAGGUAAGCAAGAGCCAAAGGUCGAUCUCAGCUUGAAGAAAGUUGAAAGUCAUAAUGUCAUACCUUCAUCCAAUCUUUCUCCGGUGACUAGAGAGCUUAAGGAAGAUAACAAAUUUGUAAAACUAAGUGAGGAUGAAUGAACUGAGCAGACUCAGAAGAAAGUAGGAAAAGUUAGUUUUGGGUUUAAGACCAACAUUCACCGGUCUAAAGAUGCCUUAUUUCCCUCUCUUGUGAAAGAAAAGCAUGAAACCUCAAGUCAAAGUUUGUGUAAGAUGCCUAGAAUUGUGAGGAAAAUACUUGAAAAUAAGCUAGAUAUCGAUUCUGACUUCAUUAAAAGCAUUGAGCAAUAUGAGAAAGCUCCUUUAGGUGAUUCCAUUCAGAAAAUCGGAAAUUCUAGCAAAGUUAGGUCGUACUUUGAACACCGGUACAGGGAGAAAGAGCUAGUUGUGAACUUCAAAUCAAUGGAUAAUUUCGCAAAAGAAUCCGUCCAAGAAUACCGCAAGGCCCAGAAACACAAAGCUCUCGCCCUCAUGAAAAAACUCGGCACUAAAUUCCUCGCCUAA